UACUUCAAUUGUACCUAUUGAAUCAAACGUCGGAAUCAGUCGGAAUCGUAAAAUAAAAGGUAGAUCUUUCGUCUUGUAUUUCUUUAUUAUUGUUGGAGAUGCUUCCUUCAACGGGUUAUUUUAAAGGAUAUAAUUGCCCUUUUUAUGACGGUGGCUUGUGUGAAAGACCUUAUUGUCAUUUUCGUCACGUAAAAAGAGAUUCACAAAGUGUUAGUGAUGGUGUCGAGAGUGGAACUAUUUUACAGAAACUUGUUUCAGCCGAAGUUAAAAAAAUUCUACAACAAACAGAAGCGUCUGGAUCGGCUACAGCUGUAGAGAUUCCUAGUGUUAAUGUGGAUGCCAGUAGCGCCUCAAACGUCGUUCAAAGUAACUCAAAGGUCAUAUACAAUCCUACACCAAUAUCAGAAUUAAACAAAAUCAACAAUACAGAUUCAGACAGCAAUGAAGAUGUUGAACAAAGAAAGCGUCACAUACCAGUGCCUUAUACUCCAAGGAAACCGGUUGGUAUGCCUUUACGAAGGCCUGUGGAAACCAAUGGUUCAUCAAAGCCUUUCAUUUACAUACCUCCAACAGUUAAAUACACGCCCGGCAGUGCAGAAAAUGUACAAUGUGAUGUAUAUUCCCCAUCAGGUGGUACUGAGUCUAAUGAAAAAUAUAUCCCUGGCUCUGAGAUAGAAUUGCAAGAAUACAAACCAAAUGACACAAGUGAGAAUGUUGCUGGGAGGAGAAAUUAUAUUCCAUCAGACAAGAAUGAUAGCAAGAAAAAAGUACUAGAAUAUAAGCCUAUAAAAGUUCCAACAAAAACAAAAUUGCCUAGUGUAACAUACCAACCAACUCCUAGAUCUCUGGCACCAUGUUUUUCUAGUGAUGAAGAUGAACCUGAUGUCAAAAAGAGGAAGUUGUCUAAUGAUCUCAAUGGAUUAGAUGACCUGGGACCAGAAUUUGAUAUUUUGGACCAAAUAUUGGACGAGGAAAAACAAGAACAUGAUGAUACAAGUGAUAGUAAAAGAAAAACAGAGAGUAGCCAGCCACAAAAACAUGAUAAAGACAAGGUGAAAGAAACUAAAGAAGAAGUAAAACAACAAAACAAAGUAGAAUGUAAGGAACACAAAGAUAAGGACUCACAUAAAAACUCAAAGGCUGACAAAAAGGGUACUAGUAAAGAUCAUAAAAGUAGAUCACAUAAGAUUGAUAAAUCUACCUCAAAAGAUAAGGAAAAGGAAGAAAAAUCGAAAAGUACCGACAGGAAAUCAAGUCAUAAGAGUUCUCAUAAAGAUAGAGAUAAGGAUAAAAGUAAGCAUAAAAAUAAAAAUGAUAGAGAAAAGCAUUCAGAUAAAAGUAAAUCUAAAGACAAGCAUUCAGAUAAGAGUAAAUCCAGUAAGAGCUCAGAUAAACAUUCUAAUAGAACUUCAUCCAAAGAAUCUACAAGUUCCAAAAGUAGCAGUAAAACUGAUCAUAGGAAAAGCCAUAGAAAUUCCAAAGACUCCAAAGAUAAACACAAAACUAAAACAACAAAUACCCGAGAUCUGUCUGAUAAUGACAAUGCAGCACCUGCUUGUGAAAUUGAGGAUGAAUCAUAUAUAUCAGAGUCAGAUGAAGAAGCAAUAGCUUUAGAGUGUAAAAAGAUUUUUGAAGAGUAUGUACCUAUUGAAAAGCCAAAAGUAGUAGAAGACCCACAUCAAAUGGAAGAUGCACAGGAAGAGGAAUAUUUACCAGGUAAAAAGAGAAUAGCAAGGGGGGCAGAUAAGAAAAUAAUUCGUAAUCUACCUUUAAAACGAGAGAAUAAACCAAGUGCAGCUCAAGUCAUGGCAGAAAGAUUAGCUAAGGUUAAGGAGUUUCAUACGACAAAAAAUUCAUCACUUUCUACUACUACUGGUGAAUAUUCACCUCAGAAGUUAGAUUCAGUUAAAUGUCCAUUUAAUGUUCCAAGUUCUGGUGGUACUAAACUCCGUAUUGCUCAUGUGCCAUAUGCAUCUACACUGGUAAAUGCAAAAAAAUUAAUUCCUCCAAAUCAAAAUAAAUCAAACUGUGAAGCAUCAACUAGUUCUAUGUCUACAAACUCUACAGUUGUACAAACAGUAAAAAAAGGUGUACAACGAGUAGCUCACAUCCCUAAUGAAAAAUUCAUAGAUAGACCAGGUAUAUUAGAAGCAUUGGGCUCAAAGAUUCCGGCCAAUAUAAGAUCAAAAUAUUUAAAUAUGAUGAUAGAUGAAUGUUUGAAAUUAUAUGUUACUGCAACAGAUGCUUAUUCUAGAGCACAACAUGAAGAACUGGCUACAAGUAAAAAAUGUAACACUGUGCCAAUAUAUAAAAAUUCUGCCGUAUUAACUGUUAGUAGACUGAGAAAAGAAUUACUAGAAUGUAAUGGUGUUAAAAAAUCUGGUUCAGAUUCAUCUACAUUGGCAAGAACCCCAGGUGGAAAAGCUAUUGAAACUGGUUCAUGGAGUAUAGAGAAUAAAAAUAGGAAAACUAUAGAUAAUCAUGAGUUUAGUGGCUCCAAAUUGUACAAUAACAUACAAAAGUGGAUAUUAACUGAGGAACAGUUGCAGCAAAAUGGAUAUCCUAGACCUCACCAAAGUGGUGAAAAAGGGAGAGCUAUAAUAUAUGGACAAAACAAGCAAAAACCUCCCAAAGGUUUAAUUAGAACUUGUUGUAGAUGUAAAAAAGACUAUUCAGUUGAUAAAAAAGGUUUUCCAGCUCUUAAGGAAGAAUGUAUUUAUCAUCCAAAUAACAAAUAUAGAAUGCGUGGUGAAGUCCGAUAUCAGUGCUGCAGUCAAGAUGGGUCAUCUGAUGGUUGCUGUGUUGCCCCUAGCCAUGUUUACGAGUUUGUAGAUUAUGAUAAUUUGAGAGGAUAUGUUAAAACAUUACCUCCUGAUACAUUUAAAGAUGAUUAUGGUGUUUAUUCUUUAGAUUGUGAAAUGUGUUAUACAACACAUGGUUUAGAUUUGACUAGGCUCACAGUCAUCAACUCUGCUUGCAAAGUAGUUUAUGAAACCCUUAUAAAGCCUAUGCAUCCAAUAAUUGACUACAAUACAAGAUUUUCAGGUAUAACAGAGGAACAGAUGGCAGAAGUUAAAACUUCAUUGUUAGAGGUUCAGGCUACUCUCCUUACCAUGUUCAGUAGCAAGACAAUUUUAAUAGGGCACAGUCUGGAGUCAGACUUUAAAGCACUUAAACUAAUUCACGAUACAGUUAUUGAUACAAGUGUAUUGUUUCCACACAAAAUGGGCCCCCCAUAUAAAAGAGCAUUGCGAAAUUUGUCAUCAGAAUACCUGAAAAAAAUAAUCCAAAAUUCUGUUGACGGUCACAACAGUGCCGAGGAUGCAACAGUGUGCAUGGAAUUAAUACAUUACAAAUUGAAAGAAGAUCUCAAGACUAGAUGAUGUGAGGGUCAUUGCCUAGAUUAUCACUUUCUGAAAGGAAUCAAAAAGGGCUUAAAAUUGUCCAUUAUUUAUUGUAUUUUCAAUUAACUGCUUACCUCAUUUAUUUAUAGGUACCUAUUUUUGUUGCAAAAAAUAUAUUGGAGAUUUUUUCUUAAGUUGUAUAAAUGUAACAUUUAUGGAGAUUGUAAUAAUAACUAAGUUAUCUUGGAAUUAGCAAUACGGUCUAGAGGUGUAUAAUUAUUAUAUUCUUAUACUAUAAGAAUGCACAUUUCGAUAAAAUAUUUUUCUAUUU